UGCGUGCGCACAGAACGGCCAAGAAGGAGAGAGUGUCCGCGCGCGUGAAGGUGCACGCCUCGAUCGGGCCGGAGCUCGGGAAUUAUCGUGAGGAAGAGUCCGAACUCGCGAACCGAGGAGACCCAAAAGGCGCGUGCGGAAGAAUGUCGGACGUCAAGUAGAAACGCUCUGACUCGCGCGAUCGCUCUGGUUUCUUUUUUCUUCUCCUUUUUCUUCUCCUUCUUCUUCUGCUCCUCGCUUUCCGUUCACACGCCGACGCUUCUGAAGACAAACUCUACCAGCGAAGAUUUAAUGGAUGGCCUUUUCUUGUUUUCUCUUGCAGCCACUUCGUGGGAACCCGUCUAACGAAUAAAGCGAAACGCGCCUGCUCCGCAGCGAAGCCGGUGGAUGCUUACCGAUUUGCGAAGGAUUUUUUUUUCUGUGGAGAACUUCUGAAAAAAAACUGGAUUCUGACCAUCCGAGCAGCAGCUAAAGUAGAAGCCGUUCCCUUCAAGGCACAACGUAUCUGCGAGCUGGCCUUGAAUGAGCUUCCUGAUGAGAGAUCCAGUCAUACAAGGAUCGAGCAUGGCAUACCACCCGUUUUUACCUCACCGGGGUCCGGAGUUUGCCAUGAGCGCCAUGCUGGGCCACCAGCCGCCCUUCUUCCCCGCCCUGGCGCUGCCGCCCAGCGGCUCUCUAUCGCUGCCGGGCGCGCUGGGGAAGCCCAUCAUGGAGCAGCUGAUGGGCGCCGCCGAGACCGGCCUGCACUUCUCGUCGCUGGGCCACCAGGCCGCCGCCGCCGCCGCGCACCUCAGGCCGCUCAAGACCCUGGAGCCCGAGGAGGAGGUGGAAGACGACCCCAAAGUGCACCUCGAAGCCAAGGAGCUUUGGGAACUCUUCCACAAGUGCGGCACAGAAAUGGUUAUCACGAAAUCAGGAAGGCGAAUGUUUCCUCCGUUUAAAGUGAGGUGCACUGGCUUGGAUAAGAAAGCCAAAUAUAUUCUGUUGAUGGAUAUCGUGGCGGCUGACGACUGCAGGUAUAAAUUUCACAACUCGCGCUGGAUGGUGGCAGGCAAGGCUGACCCCGAAAUGCCAAAGCGGAUGUACAUUCACCCCGACAGUCCGGCCACUGGCGAGCAGUGGAUGUCCAAAGUCGUCAACUUUCACAAACUUAAAUUGACGAACAAUAUCUCCGACAAGCAUGGAUUUACGAUUCUGAACUCCAUGCACAAAUACCAGCCAAGAUUUCACAUCGUGCGAGCCAACGACAUUCUGAAGCUCCCUUACAGCACAUUCAGGACUUACGUUUUCCCCGAGACUGAUUUCAUUGCUGUUACUGCAUACCAAAACGACAAGAUAACACAGCUGAAAAUCGACCACAAUCCAUUUGCAAAGGGCUUUCGCGAUACUGGCAAUGGAAGAAGAGAGAAAAGGAAACAGCUGGCUUUGCAAUCCAUACGAUCGUACGAGGAGCAGCAGAAGAAGGAGAACGGCACGUCCGACGACUCCUCAGGCGAGCAGGCCUCCUUCAAGUCCUUUCGCCAGGCCUCGUCCCCCGCGGUGUCCACUGUGGGCCAGCCCAACUUAAAAGAUUUCUGCGACAGCGACGAGGACAGCGACGACGACGACAAAGACGGGCACGUGAAGGAAGGGCCGGACUCCAGCAAGAUCUCCACCACCACCGACGACGCCAAGGAGCACGAGGCCGCGCUCAGCAAAGGCCGCCUGUUCGGCGACGGCGAUUCGGCGGCGCGCCUGCGGACUGAGAAAAGCAGGGCGGACUCGCGCCAGAGCCCCGUCACGGUCAUCUCCAGCACCACGCGCUCGGCGGAAGAUCUCAAAAGUCCGGCACGUGAGCAGAGCAAAGCGGACGACCCCCGGCCUCUGAGCAAGGACAGCUAUAUGCCGCUGACCGUGCAGACGGAUGGCGGCGCGCACUUAAACCAGGGCCCCUUGCACAAUUUCGGAUUCCCGCCGGGCCUGGCCGGCCAGCAGUUCUUCAACCACCUGGGCGGCGCCCACCCCUUCCUCCUGCAUCCUGGCCAGUUCAACAUGGGAGGCGCCUUUUCCAACAUGGCCGCGGGGAUGGGGCCGUUACUGGCGGCCGUGUCCUCCGGAGGGGUCAGCACCAUGGACACGGCCAGCAUGGCGUCACCGUCGCAAAACCUGACGGGAGGCCCAGGUCUCCCUUUCCAUUUGCAGCAACACGUCUUGGCGUCGCAGGGCUUGGCAAUGUCCCCCUUCGGAGGCCUCUUCCCCUACCCCUACACGUAUAUGGCAGCCGCAGCGGCCGCCUCCUCCGCGGCCUCCUCCUCGGUUCACCGUCACCCGUUCCUCAACGCCGUGCGCCCGCGCCUCCGGUACAGCCCGUACUCCCUGCCUGGUGUGCCGGACAGCACGCUGCUCACCACCGCCGUGCCGCCAGUGGGGGGCGGCGCCAUCGACCUGAAGGCGGACGGCAUGGCCUCGAGCCCCGCGUCGGCCACGCUGGACUCCACCUCGGAGGUGACCAGCCGCUCGUCCACCAUGUCCUCGGGCUCCGUGUCGCUGUCGCCCAAAACGGCGCACGAGAAGGACUCGAGCAGCGAGCUGCAGAGCAUCCAACGCCUGGUCAGUGGACUCGAAUCGAAGCAGGAGAGAGCGCGGAGCGUGUCCCCGUGAGGUCACCGCGGCUCGAGUGACCCCCUCGAACACUGCAUACGGAUUGUGUACGACGACGCCCUUCUAGCGAAAGCGGGUUUACAACACGGACCUACAUUGGAAAAACAAACAAACAAACAAACAAAAAAGUUUGAUUUUCAAAUGCACUUUGGUAAUACACAAGGCAAAACCAUUUAGUAUGUAUGUCUCCCGUUUUUGUUGUUAAAUUAAAACACCAACAAUGAAUCUUUUUCCCCUCCUUAUUUGAAUAGGCUACCAUAGAAGUAUUGAAAAUGAACAGCUUGGCUGAGGAUGUCAGAUAAAAUAAGCUGCUGCUGUCCUACGUUUCAUGUCAACUUGUUGGGGUGACAAUGGAUUACUUUAAUAUGCACUCUACAUAGGGUCUUAGUUUAUUGGAUAUCUCUUUAUCUCAUAAAGACUGCUGUGUUUGAAAUGUUUAGUUCUUAACGAUUUGGAAGCCUGACGUUCCUGCAGGCGGUUUGCAUGUUAUAAGACCACGUCACAGCUGCCGGUUUACAGUUUCUUUUGUAUUAUUUUUAGUUUUAUUUUAUUUUAUUUUGGAUUACCAAAUACACACCAAAUAGAGAAUAGAAAGCGAGACAGUGCUUGCAAUAUUACAUAACGGGUUUACUUCCACCUCAUGGAAGUACAGUUUGAGAAAAUAACAGAA